AAGUGAUCAAGCACUGAGCUGAUAGACGCGCAGUGCACUCUACCAGAUGCACUAACACAGCGCGGUCCGACAAGCUGUAUGCUCUCCGAGCUUUCCUACCUGAUCAAGCAGUGGAAACAGACACUCAUAUCACUUCCUCCCUCCCAAUGAGUAAACAGUGAUGCCGGCUAGUAAGACUUGGAUUGCGGGAACCUUCUUCAAGAGAGAAUGUGUGAAAUUCCUUCCAGCAUCCCGGGACACCCACAGAUGUUCUUCAGUUUGUCAGGUGUGCCAAAAUCUAAUCAGGUGCUGUUGUGGGAGGCUUAUAGGGGAUCACCUGGCAUUCACACCCAGGACCCUGAGCCUCACCCAGACAGAGCUCACCCAAGAUGCUGGGGAGUGGUCUGUGGAGCUCCACACCAAAACCAGUCCAACAGACGCCUUUGGCACGAUAGACUUCCAGGAUAGCGCAAAGAGGUCUUGUCGGGCCAAAUAUGUGAGGCUAUCAUGUGACACCAGAACGGAGCAACUUGUCCACCUGAUGCUGCGUGAGUGGCAGAUGGAGAUGCCCAAGCUGGUGAUCUCUGUCCAUGGCGGGGCCGAGAACUUCGCUCUGCCCCUCAAGGUGUCACAGGCUUUCUGCAAGGGGCUCAUCCAGGCAGCGGAGAGCACAGGGGCUUGGAUAUUCACAGAUGGCAUCAACACAGGUGUGUCCAGGUACGUUGGGGAAGCCAUGAAAGAGUAUGGCACCCAUGACCUGUGCAAGAGGAACACUUUGGGAAUCACACCUUGGGGAGCCAUUGAGAACCACACUGACCUCAUAGGGAAAGAUGUGCUUAGGCCCUAUCAGACUGUGGGGAACCCACUGAGCAAGCGGGCCUGUUUAAACGGCUUCCACUCCCACUUCCUGCUCGUGGACGAUGGCACUCUGGGAAAAAAUGGCGGACAACUGGAUCUGAGGAAGAGACUCGAGCAUCACAUCCGCUCGCAGAAGAUUCACCCAAGACUGUCCCAGGGUGUUCCUGUGGUGUGUGUGGUGGUAGAGGGUGGUCCGGGCAUCCUGUCUCUGGUGCUGGAGUAUGUGAAAAGUUCUCCCCCAGUGCCCGUCGUUGUGUUUGAGGGCACUGGGAGGGCAGCCGACCUGCUGGCAUUCGUGCACAAACAGACCGCUGAAGACAGACAGAUGGAUAGGGACAUUAAAGACGACCUCCUCCUGAGGAUCCAGGACAUGUUCAGCAUGGACAAGAGGGAGGCCAGUGAACUCUACAGUCUCCUCAUGGACUGCAUGGACCACAGGGAGGCUGUCACAGUUUUUGACUGUGACUCUGAGGAUCAGCCUGAUGCAGAUGUGGCCAUUUUGACAGCCUCACUAAAAGGCAUGAAUGCCACAUCCCUAGAGCAGCUGAGCAUCGCUCUGGCCUGGGACAGAGCAGACGUGGCCAAAAAACACAUCCUGGUGUACGGACAGCACUGGCAGGUAGGCUCUCUGGAGCAGGCCAUGCUGGAUGCUCUGGUCAUGGACCGUGUGGGUUUUGUGAAGUUGCUAAUUGAGAAUGGCAUGACGAUGACCCGCUUUCUGACUGUUUCCCGUCUGGAGGAACUUUACAAUACGCACCAGGGUCCAACAGAUACUUUUCUUCACCACUUAAUUGAGGAUGUCAAAAAGGCUCACCUCCCAGCUGGGUACAGGAUCUCCUUGAUAGAUGUGGGCCUGCUGAUUGAGUAUCUGAUUGGUGGAGCCUACCGCAGCUCUUACACGCGCAAGAACUUCCGAGCCGUCUACAGUCGUCUGUGCACUCAGGAGAAAAGGGACACUCCGUCUGAGCUGAAGGUGGGUCCGAGCACCGAGCUGAGUGAGCCUGCUCUCUACGUUUACAACUUCAAUGACCUGUUUGUGUGGGCAGUGCUGAAACGUCGCCAGCAGAUGGCGCUCUUCCUGUGGCAGCACGGGGAGGAGGCCAUGGCCAGGGCCGUAGUGGCCUGCAAACUCUACCGCGCCAUGGCCACUGAGGCCAAGGAGAGCAACAUGGCCGACAGCCUCGCGGAUCAGCUGAAGAAUUACUCACUAGAGUUUGGGCAGCUGGCCGUGGGCUUGCUGGACAAGGCCUUCCGGGAGAAUGAGCGCAUGGCUAUGAAGCUGCUAACAUCCGAGAUGAAGGACUGGAGCCACUUUACCUGCCUACAGAUGGCCGUGUCGUCCGGCCUGAGGUCCUUCGUGGCCCACUCUUGCACCCAGAUGCUGCUGACUGACCUGUGGGUGGGCCGACUCAACAUGAGGAAGAACUCCUGGUUUAAGAUCAUCCUGUGCAUCCUGGUACCAGUGUCCAUUCAGCUGUUAGAGUUUAAGAGCCAGGCGGAGAUGUCACAUGUUCCUCAAUCCCAGGAAGCAAUGCACUUUGGAUUAGACAAUCGCGGCCUUGACGCAAACGAAUCACAAGGAACAGCAAAGGCAGGGUACGAUGCCGAGAAAGCGUCAGAACGACAGGAAUGCUCCUCAGAUCUCUUCUCACAGUGGAUUCAGUGGCUACAGAAGUUGUAUGACUUCUACAAUGCUCCUGUGGUCAAAUUCUGGUUCCACACCAUGUCCUACUUGGCUUUCCUCAUGCUGUUCUCCUACACGGUCCUGGUGAGGAUGGAGGAUCAUCCGAGUCCUCAGGAAUGGCUGGUCAUUGCUUACAUCAUGUCAACAGCAGUGGAGAAGGCCAGAGAGGUGUUGAUGUCAGAGCCUAGAAAAUUAAGCAAGAAACUGAAGGUGUGGUUCAGCGAGUACUGGAACGUCUCCGACUUUGUCGCCAUCUCCCUCUUCCUGGCGGGGUUGGCGCUGCGGUGCGACCCAUCGUGGCUGGCGACUGGGCAUAUCGUCUACUGCCUGGAUGUAAUCUUCUGGUUUGUCCGGGUCCUGGACCUGCUGGCUGUCAAUCAGCAUGCUGGUCCUUACCUCACUAUGAUCACAAAGAUGACCAGCAACAUGUUUUUCAUUGUGAUCAUGAUGGCCAUCGUUCUUUUGAGUUUUGGCGUUUCCCGGAAGGCCAUCCUCUCUCCUAACGAGGAUCCAUCCUGGACUCUGGCUAAAGACGUGGUCUUCCAACCCUAUUGGAUGAUCUUCGGAGAGGUUUACGCCGGUGAAAUUGAUUCCUGUGCAGAUAAAAAUGCCACUUGUGUUCCCGGUGCCUUCAUUACUCCAUUCCUCCAGGCUGUGUACCUCUUCUUCCAGUACAUCAUCAUGGUCAACAUCCUCAUAGCUUUCUUCAAUAAUGUGUACUUUGACAUGAAGUCCAUCUCCAACCAGCUGUGGCAGUAUAACCGCUACCGUUACAUCAUGACCUAUCAGGAAAAGCCAUGGCUGCCGCCACCCCUCAUCCUGCUCAGUCACAUGACCCUGUACGUGAGGAGAGUCUGCAGAAAGAGCCUGGGAACCUCGGAGCAAGAGCAAGACUCUGGGCUGAAGCUGUUUUUGGCCAGUGACGACUUGAAGAAAUUGCAUGAAUUUGAAGGGAGAUGUGUGACAGGAUAUUUCUUUGAGAAAAAUGAAAACCUGCACUCUAGCCAAAACAACAGGAUCUGUUACACAGCAGCAAAGACAGGAGAAAUGACCAUAUCGCUGGGUGAGGUGGCUGAGAAAGUCCACUUCAUUCAGGACAGCCUGCAAACACUGGACACCCACCUCGGUCAUCUCCAAGACACAUCUGCCAUGGCGGUGGACACCCUUAGCCUGCUCGCUGCUUCCGAUGACUACCAGCAGAGGGCAGCAUUAUACGGCCUGCACAGACCAAUCAGCAGCUCCCAUCUGGAAGUCCUUCACAGCUUGUGCCUACCGAGAGGUGGCAGCGUACCCCCCAGCCAUUACGUCUUGGUCCAGAGACCCUACAGCAGCCAUCCGCCAUCCCUUCUGGGUAGCCUGGGCAUGGGACAGCAGUCUCUACCACUGGGGUGGCAGGACCAGAGGAGCAGCGAGGACAGUGAGAAGGACUCUGGCGAAAAGCAGUGGAAAUCCAAGCCCCGUCCUGUGCACCCGAGGUCACUCAACGACGUCCUCUCCACAGGGUGCUGCCGGCUCUCUCAUGAUUCCCUGCCUCAUCUAGUCGGGUGGAGGGACCGGACUCCCCUUGGGUCGUGCGGGCCGUCCCGCACCAGCAUCCCGCUGGUGCCCUGGAGCUCCGAGACUGCCGACCAGCACCAGCAACCCAGAGCCUGGCACCAUGACUUCCACCUCCCUCCCAGCCAGGAGGAGUCUGCCGAUGAGAUCGAGGAAGAGGACGAAGAGGAAGAGCUGAGGAACUCCGCUGAAAUGAGCUUGUCCAGAACGUCCAGCCAUGCGGUGCUGCUUGCAGACUCUCCAGCGGACAGAGGCGGGCACAUGGGCCUGGUGAACCUGGGCUUUAGUGGAGACCAUAAGCUCCCACUGACUCAGUCGGGGAAGUUCCAGCGGUGGCAGUUCUUCCAGCACAGCCGCUCCCUUUCAGCAAGUGUGGAGAACAUGGCCUUCCUGGGAGCUCCGCCAGCCUCUCUCCCACCCACGGCACUGGCUGGUUACAGCCGUAGUGUGGAGCAUGUGAGCCAUACAGGACAGGAUACACCUCCAUCUGGAUUAACUCAGAACAGAGAAUUGUCCAAGUCUGCUGACCUUACUGAAUCCCUGGAGGGUCAGAAAAGAGUCUGUCGAAGGAAGACGGUGAAAAUCCAGGACGAGAACACAGAAAAUGUACAAAAUGUCAGAGAGUUAUAUUCGCACACUUCAGAGUGCUACAAAAGAGGCAGAUGCCAUGGGAGAUUCCCUGCUCUACGGAAGUGUUCAACCUCUGCCAGCCUUUCACAACUGAAUUUUGACCAUGUUGACUCAUUGCAGAGGUUUGCUCAAUCUUUUCAGGACACAAGGAGCCCGAGUCAGUCUUUGUGGAGCAGCUGGGCGAGGUCAAAUAGCCGAAGGUCCUCGAUUCAAAGUGGGGCUAUAUCUGAGGUGAGAGGCGCCACCUUCCAGUCCACAGAAGACCUUCACCCUCAUUACUCAGCAAUGGAGCGCAAUAACUUGAUGAGGCUGGCUCACACCAUUCCCUUCACACCAGUAUCUUUGAUGGCCGGUGAGGAGGUGUCUGUCUACACCUUGGAGGAGACGCAGUCAGACGGAGGAGGCACCGGGAGCAGGGCCCUCAGCAUGUCCUCAUGGUCUCCUCGAGGGCGCUCUGCCAUCCUCCAGUCUCUCUCCCAUGAGGGGGUGCUGGACGGGGGCCUGCGGCAAGCCUGGCGAGUGAUCUGCACCUGGGCUGAGGAGGGCGUCCUGAAGCCAGGCGUUGUUUACGUGGUGAAGGCUUUCCAUCCAGAGGUGGUCCGAAUGUGGCAGAGGGCCUUCCACAGCGAUACCUCUCUCCAUCUUUGUUUACGGGAAAUCCAACAGCAGAGAGCUGCCCAGAAGCUCAUGUAUAUUUUCAACCAGUUGAAGCCUCAGAGCAUGCGAUACUCUCCCAGGUUUCUGGAUGUGUCCCUUGUGCACUGGCACGCUGAUGACCAGUGGCUGACCAUUGAGAGAAACAUGGCCGGAGAUUUCCGGAAGUACAACAACAACACUGGGGAGGAGAUCGCGUCCUGCUGUAGUCUGGAGGACACAGUGCUGGCCUUCUCUCACUGGACGUAUGAGUACUCCUGCCAUGAGCUGCUGGUCCUGGACCUGCAAGGUGUGGGGCUGGAGCUCACUGACCCAUCAGUCAUUCGAGCCGAUGAUGACCAAAGUUCAGCGCAUCUGGUGAUAUGGUGUUUGGGCCGGCUAAUUUGGGAAGUGAUGCCAUUCAGAGCUUCAUCCGCAAACACAACUGCAACUCCUCUUGUGAAAAACUUGGGCUUUCAGACUUGAGGAGGAGAUCCAGCCAGGGGAGCACCACGGAGGCUUCUGAGGAGGAGAACGACACCAUCGUGACUCGCGUGUGACCUCCGUAUCAGCAGACAAAAAACUCUUUUGAGCGCCCGGGGGUCCGGGAUACCUUGUGGACAAGGCUGACCUGCUGGAGUCUGAGUCUUGAGGUAGUCUGACACGCGGACAUGUGAGACUUUCCUAAAUAGAUUUAUUUAUGGGUUUUUCUUGCCUUCAUUGAUAGGACAGUGGAAAGUAGACAGCAAAUGAAUGGGAGAGAGAUGGGGAGUGGGAUUGAGAAAUUAACUCAGGCCAGACUUGAACCUGGGUCUUCGUGGGCACUGAACCCGUAUGUGGUAAGAGAUGUUGCUGCUUGCACUAUUACAUUUUGAUAUGCUUCACGUUUCAAUCUAAGAAAAGUCACUGAUCCCACAAACAGAGAAGCACUUGUUGUGUCUGAUGUCAACAACAUCAUGGUGCACUACUACUUCUGACAUCUGUAGCUUUUGGUGUGCUGUCGCACGCUAUGCUAUGUUGUAUAAUGGCAUAGCACUGAACACAACCUGUCUAUGCAUUCUCAAAUACAGAGGAUUUCAAAACAUGUUGCGGAGAAACAAUACUACCUUGAGUAAACAACAAAUGACACAUCAUUUAUAGGGAUGAUUUUGAGGCACAUAAUUGUCCCAUGGAGACAGCAUAACACUUUUUCAGUUCUCACUUUGGACAAACUGUAGCGGCAGUCACUAAUGGAAAUAUGACAUUGUAUAUUCAAUAUGACUAUGCACUGUAUAUGCUAGGAUAUAAUAUCAGCUGAAAUAUUUGAAAUAUCUGAGUAUCAGUAUAGUUUUAAAGAUAGGUUAGUGUUCUUAAACUGAGUUUUUUAAAGUGUUCAACGCAUUCUUUUUUGUUUUUUUUUUGUUUUAUAACAUCUCCAAAUGUUUGUCUACAAAUUUGCUAGGCCUUUCUCAACUUUAGUGUAUGUAUUACAGUGUACAACAUUAUGUGAUACAAUAUAAAUACACAAUCUCUACAUAUAGUUAUUUUAAUUCUAAAUUUAAUGCAAACUUUAAACAUAAAGCUCUGUAAUUAUAGUACAUACUCAUGGAAAAAAAUAUAUACACUGAAACUGCAUACUCAAAUGUCUACCACACUCAAGUUACAGACUCAACCACUAGAGGUCCUCUUGUACUAAAAUAUUGUCAGAACAUCUUUAUAACACGUGGAGUGAUGCGGACAUGUCUAUUAUUACCACCUUAACCAGAUCUCAAGUGCAGUACUUAUGAUACUGUAUGCAAAUAAUUGUUAACUAUUAACUUUAAAUAUUUGUGUUCACUUCAUGAUCUUGAUGUGUGAUGUCACUGAAGUAUUGGAUUUGGUAAUGUUUCAAUAAUGUUAUUAUGUAUGAAACGGUGUUAGUUCAUGCGAGUAAAAUCCACUGUGAUGUUUGUGAAAA